GCUCUGCGCAUGUGCACAUCAAUCUGGCCCGACCGUCUGCCCUCUGGGGCCUGAGAGGGAGUUGCUCAGGGUCUGUGUGAGAGCAGAAACUGCGCACCGAGAGCACGGGGUCCUUGCAGGUCAGGAGUAACAGAAAAUGAACAUAGCUCAGGGACCAAUGUCAUUUGAAGACGUAACUGUGGAGGUCACCCAGGAGGAGUGGCAACAGAUGGACUCUGCCCAGAGGACCCUGUACAGAGAAGUGAUGCUGGAGAACUAUAGCCACCUCAUCUCCGUGGGGUAUUGCAUUACCAAACCCCAGGUGAUCUUCAAGUUGGAGCAAGGUGAAGAUCCCUGGUCCUUAGAGGAAGAAUUCCUAAACAAGAGAAACCCAGGAUAUUGCAAAGUUGAUCUUCACAUAGAAGAGAACCAGGAAAAACAAGAGAAACCUCUAUGGCAAGUGGUAUUCACUGAUAACAAAAUAUUGAGUGAAGAAGGACAGAAAAUUUUAGGAAAACCAAUUAAUCUGGAUAUAACUCCAGAUUUUUCAGGAGAAAUGCCCUAUAAAUGUGACUCAUGUGGAAUGAAUUUGCCACUUGUUUCUGACUUAAUUAUAAGUGAUGGGAACUAUUCAAGAAAGAAGACUGAUAAUAUAAAUGUAUGUGAAAAGUUACAGCUUGAUGUUAAACAUGAGAAAACCCAUACUGGAGAGAGGUCUUACAAAUAUAACAAAAAUGUGAAAUCUCUCAGUCAUAAGAAAGGUCAGCAGAAAUUUCAAACUCUGGAGCAACCUUUUGAAUGUAAUGAAUUUGGAAAAGUUUUACAUGAUAACAUUGCUCUCUGUGUUAUUGCCAAGAGUUCUCUAACAGGACAGGAGUCCUGUAAGGAUGAUGAAUUUGGGAAAAACUGUGAUAAGGCAACUCUAUUUAACUACAUAAGAACUGGCACAAGGGAGAAAUGCUUUGAUCUUAAUGAAUGUGGUAAAACCACCAUUGUGGAAUACAAUAAAGUUCACAUGGCCCUGACACACAGUGAAUUUAAUGAAAGUGGAAAUAACUUCAACAGGACUUCACCCCUCGUUCAGCCUCAGGGAACUGUCACAGGACAGGGUUCUUUUGAAAGCAAUACAUGUGAAGAAAACUUGAGGCAAAGCUCAGCCCAUCUAAUAUAUCAGAAGAUACAAACUGGUGAUACACCCUGUGUUUUUAGUGGAUGUACAAGUUUCUCCUACCAGAACUUAGACCUUACAGUAAUACAUCAGAGAACUCAGACUGAAGAGAAAUUCUACCAAUGUUGUAAACAUGGGAAAUCUUUAUAUCAAAACUCACUCUUCAGUGUACAUCAGGGAAGUGACACAGGAAAGAAGUCAUUUGAAAAUAAUGAAUGCAGUAAAUUCUUUUGCCAAAAAGCACAUCUCAUUUACCAUCAGCAGACCCACUCAGAGGAGAAAACCUAUGAAUGUGAGGAAUGUAGGAAAUCCUUUUGUUCAAAUUCACACAUUAUUCAUUAUCCUGGAACUCAUAUGGGGGUGAGUCUCUAUGAAUGUAAUGAAUGUGGGAAAACUUCCUGUCAGAUGUCAAACCUCAGUGAACAUCUGACAGUUCACCAAAAGGAAAAAUUUUAUGAGAACAGUGGAUUUGGGGAAUCUUACAAGAAGCCUGUGCUCUUACUACACCAAGGAACACAUGCACAGAUUAAAUUCUAUCAAAGUAAUGAAUAUGAGAACUCAUUCUCCAGGAUAGCACAACACAAAGAAUAUCAGAGAAGUCACACAGAGGAUAAACCAUAUGAAUGCAUUGAGUGUGGGAAAACUUUCUCCAAGACACCACAUAUCAGAGCACAUCCGAGAAUUCCCACAGGCAAAAAAAACUACAAAUGUAUUACAUGUGGGAAAAGUUUCUCUAAUAAGACACACUUCGGUGCACAUCAGAGAAUUCAUACAGGGGAGAAACCGUAUGAGUGUAAUGAAUGUGGGAAAACUUUUGCUGAUAAUUCAACCCUCAGGACACAUCAGAGAAUCCACACAGGGGAGAAACCCUAUGAGUGUAAUGAAUGUGGGAGGUCUUUUGCCCAUGUAUCUGGUCUCAGAUCACAUCAGAGAAUUCACACAGGAGAGAAACCUUAUGAAUGUAAUGAUUGUGGGAGAUCUUUUGCCCAUAAUUCAGCCCUCAGUGCACAUCAAAGGAUUCACACAGGAGAGAAGCCCUAUGAAUGUAAUGGCUGUGAAAAAACUUUCACACAUAAUUCAGCCCUUAGAGUACAUCAGAGAAUUCACACUGGGGAGAAACUAUAUGAAUGUAAUGAAUGUGGGAAAACUUUUUCUCAGAAGACACAUCUCAGUACACAUCAGCGAAUUCAUACAGGUGAGAAACCCUAUGGGUGUAAUGAAUGUGGGAAAACCUUCUCCAAGAAAUCGUACUACAGUGGACACAAGAGAGUUCACAAAGGGCAAAAACUUUAUGAAUGUAAAGAAUGUGGGAAAACCUUUGUUUAUAAAGCAGCCCUCAUAGUCCAUCAAAGAAUUCACACAGGAGAGAAACCCUAUGAAUGUAAUGAAUGUGGGAAAACUUUUUCCCAGAAGACACACCUCAGUACACACCAGAGAAUUCACACAGGUGAGAAACCUUAUGAAUGUAAUGAAUGUGGGAAAACUUUUUCCCAGAAGUCAUACCUCAGUGGGCAUGAGAGAAUUCACAAAGGGGAAAAACCUUAUGAAUGUAAAGAAUGUGGGAAAACCUUUGUUUAUAAAGCAGCCCUCAUAGUCCAUCAAAGAAUUCACACAGGAGAGAAACCCUAUGAAUGUAAUGAAUGUGGGAAAACUUUUUCCCAGAAGACACACCUCAGUGCACAUCAGAGAAUUCACACAGGUGAGAAACCUUAUGAAUGUAAUGAAUGUGGGAAAACUUUUUCAGAUAAUUCAGCCUUCAGGGUACAUCAGAGAAUUCACACAGGGGAGAAGCCUUAUGAAUGUAAUGAAUGUGGGAAAACUUUCUCCAAGACCUCACACCUCAGAGCACAUCUGAGGACUUGUGCAGGGGAGAAACCCUAUGAAUGUAAUGAAUGUGGAAAAACUUUCUCCCAGAAAUCAUAUGUUAGUACACAUCAGAGAAUUCAUACAGGGGAGAAACCCUAUGAAUGCAAUGUAUGUGGAAAACUUUUUGCCCAUAAUUCGACCCUCAGAGUACAUCAGAGAAUUCAUUCAGGUGUGAAAUCCUAUAAGUGUAAAGAAUGUGAGAAAACUUUCUUCCAGAAGUCACACCUUCUUGCACACCAGAGAAUUCACACAGGGGAGAAACCUUAUGAGUGUAAUGAAUGUGGGAAAGCUUUUGCCCAAAAUUCAACUCUCAGAGUACACCAGAGAAUUCACACAGGGGAGAAACCAUAUGAAUGUGAUGAAUGUGGGAAAACUUUUGUCCGUAAGGCAGCUCUUCAAGUACAUCACAACAGAAUGCACACCAGAGAUGAAACUCUUUCAUGCCAUGAAUUUGGGAAGUCCUAAAGAACCCUAUACCUUAUUAGGUAACACAGUGGAUAAGUUCAUGUCACAUAGACUGCAAAUUUUGUCUUUUUUUAAAACAACAUAUUUCCUUUUCUAGUAGGCAUGAGCUUGUCUAAAUUCUUUUUUUGUCCUUCAUCUGGGUGGGGCUAGUCAUGACACUAUUACAUUUCAGCUAAGUUUGGCUUUAAAGAGUCACCUUACAUUCUUCCUAUUCUUUGUUAUACUGGAGUGGAGAAAUUUCCAUGGAAGACUCAGGUGCUAUGUAUUGAACAUAGAGCACAAGGUGAAAGAAGUUAGAAUCUGAAUAAUAGUGAAACAAUUCUCCACUAACAGGUCUUUCCCAGUUUUUUUUUUAUCAGGAAUUAAAUUUGUACUGUGUUGACUUUUUACAGAUUUUGGUCUACUGGUUAAAUCAUACAGUUUAGCAAACUCUAUUAGAGUGGGGUGAAACCCAGGGUUGUUGGUGUCAAUUUAGUGCCAGCAGCAAUCCUCAAUUUGGGGUGUGGUGAAGAAGGAAACUUUAUUCAGUGCAAGUGAUGAUUCAGUGGGGCUGUAAAGACAACACUGCUGUGGAACAGCUUAGUUGUGCUGCAGCACAGCUGGGAAAAUAGCCUCUCUGUGAGGCUGCCAUGAGGCCAGGCCCCUCUUUGGCUAGGCAGUUCCAGUCUGCUCCAGGAUGGUCUACUGGUCUGCUCUGCUUUGCUUCACUCCAUGCCAGCCUGCUCCACUUUGCUCCAGGGAGACAUCUUUGAUGUUUCAGCUUUAGCCAGGAAAUGCAAUCUUCAUUCUUUGGUGGAAAGUGCCCUCUCUAAGCCAGAGGGGAGCUGGCUUAUAUGGACACAAGACCCUGCCCCUGGUCCCUCAUUGGUCCUUCUGCAAACGAGGAGUCCGGAUACAGUUUGGUGCAAAGGCACUGUCCUAUUGGUCAGAAUAGAGCUGCUAUGAUUGGUUAGGGAAAGCCUCAGUCCUAUUGGUUGAAAUAGAAUUCCAGGAAACCUUUGCAAGGGUUUGUUCAGAUGGCAGAAACACAGUGCAGGCAGGCAGUUCAAUGCAGAGGCUUCAUGCAGUGUAGUUCGUGUGAGAGACCACUGGGCAGAAAUGGCUGCUAGACUGCUAUUUAUUUUUAUUUUAUUUCUUUAUUUGAGCCUAGUUGUCCUUUUGCCCUUCCUGGGUUCACCAACCAUAUAAAUAUAAUAAAUAUCAGACGACCUAUCAGAAUUGAAACAGUACAUCAAAGAUAUCAUUCACAUGAUGAAGGCAACUUCUGUCAAUGUCCUAAAUGAGCAGAUGACCUUAAAAGAGAGAAAUCUCAGGGAAAACCACAAAAGGCUUUACUUCCAAGUGAACUUCAUCAAACAUCAAAUAAUAUUAGACUAAAAUGUAUUUUGAUAAAUGACAUUUCAACACAUUGAAUUUGUGUCAGAUAAUUAUUUUCUAAGGAAAUAUAUCAGUUUCAGAAUUGUAGGUAAAAUCUUCAACCAGAACUGAUGUACUAAAACUUGUUUAUAAGUUUUAUAGAACAUAUAUGAGUGUAUCUAUGCACAAAUUCAUUGUAGAAAUUUUAAAGAUAGAAGAAUAACUUGAAUUCUGUAGACAACACCAAUAAAUGUUUGUGACUAAUUUCU